CUCUCUCUCUCUCUCUCUCUCUCUCUCUCCGCAUGACUGCAUCCAUUCCGUCCAUCAUUGCCGAUUACGCAUUUACGCAAGUUGCCAACCAACGCCAAAACUCACCACUGUCGUCGUCUCGCUCACCGGCCGCUCCCAUAUAUCCGCUCACUCCGCCGCUCCAACCAAUUUCUACGCCCAUAGGGGGGAGAGAGAGAGAGAGAGAGAAAGAGAGAGAGAGAGAGAGAGAAACAGGGAGGGAGCCGCUGGCAUGAACUGCGUCAAGAUUCUCGUACUGCUCUCCCUGAUCCCUCUCGCGCUGAGGGGAGCGGCGCUUCUCGUCGUCCCGUCACCAUCCUCCCCUGACUCUGCAUCACGCACCGGCGUCUUGGCUCCGGUACAGGCGGAGCAGUGGAGGCAGGAGCGGAGGAGGACGGCGGGUCGUCAGGCUCGGGGCGGCCGCGCCACCACCAUCGCCCCCUUCGCCCCGCGGCGGUUCGGCGGCUUCUUCCGGGACGACAAGAGGUUCGCGCCCACGGGGUCCAACCCGCUGCACAACCUGUGAUCGGCGGCCGGUGGGGUUGACUGCUUCGGCCUCUCUGUCUUUGCAAAGUCUACCUGACUGGUGCAGUGUAAUUUUCUUCUUGUACAUACGGUCUACCGAAUCAGUUCCUUAUUGAUUUUGCAUUGAUUGAUAAAUGGGCUGUCUCUGUGUCUUGUUGGUGUUCAAUUUGGUCAUAUAUCCUUUCUAACUUACAGUAGCCUGACAAAAGGUUGUCAAGAACCCACUGUUAUUUUUUUAAGUUCGAUUGGUUUCAGAAAUCAGAACAGAGAUUGACAAAAUUUAGUACUACCAUAUACUCACUUACUACCAAAACCUGGUUUUAUUCGUUGCAAGAAGACGGUCCUGAAGACUCUUUUUGGGGAAGUUUACAGUGGUUCACUCAGUUUAGCCACUCGUUCAAGGGGAUUUGCGCUUUCCCAUCGUAACUGAACUGUCCAUGUUGGUGCCAAGAAUUGCAGCUUCCUCCAAUGGUAAACGAGGGAAAAAGGAGCAUCGUUGGCACGAUUACAUCGCAGCAUAAAGUCACUUUGAUAUAGUGCAACUCUUCCUCCUGAGCCUGGCAACCUGAAGAAUUUUCAACCGGUUUUAUAUUGGGAGUCUCUCUCUAUAGCUCAGUUGACUUAGAGAUUGUUAUUUCUCAGUCAACACUGUUAGCAGCCCAAUCAGUACUGUAUCUUCUUAGCCACAUUUGAGCUUGCAGGAAUGCCAUGUUUAGAUUGAACGGUCUUAGCUGUGACUUGGCGAUAGUUAUUUCUCAGUCAUAUGAGAAACAACAAAAUUG